UAAUACUUCAAACUAACGAAAUUCAUUAACAAAAAUUAUUGUUUAUUACCCGCAUUAUUGUAGUGAGAUUUAAUUUGGAUGGUGUUGAUUUAGAUGGGAAUAGUCCAUCGCUUGUUCCAAAAUCUCAAGAUCAGCAGCUGACAAGAGGGAUUCUUGAAACACACGGUUUUCUUUCUUUUCUUUUUUCUUAUUUUUUUUUCGAUUUCUUUUUCUUAUUUUUGGGUUUUGAUUUUUAUUGGGUCGGGGUGGAAUUUUAAAGUUGGCUGCAUUAGGGUUUCUUUUCUAGCCUCUCUUCUUUAUUUGUUUUUAUUGUUCAACAAUAAUAGAUUUCGUUUCGUUUCAAAGCCGCGGUCUUUGUUGAUUUAGGGGUUGUUGGGAUUUGCUCAAUUUCUUCGUCUUCGUGGUGAGUUUUUUCUUGAUUUCUGAUCUGGGUUUCGUCUCGCUGUUAAUUUCUGCUUAUUCGCGGGUGUGCCGAGGUUUUUCUGUUAGAGAAUACGAAGUUUUUCCCCCUCUUUUUGUUUCGACGUACUUCUGAUAUCCGGAAGUUGUUUGGGUAUUUCUGAUUUUGUAAUGUGAAGUUCGUUUUCGGCGGAUCAGGCCUUGAAUUUUGCGGGUAUUUUAGGGAAAAGCUCCAACUUUGGUGGAAUAAUUGAAGUGAACUGCAUUCAUCAUGUGCGUAUCAUGACGCUUCAAUUUGUUUUUGAAGUGAAGAGGAGAAGAUAAAUUGUUCAAAAUUAUUCUAACUAUAAGGUUCUUCUCUCCAAGAGCAAGAGGAAGUAGUAUUUUUUGGAUAUGUUCCACACCCAAGGAGCUUUGAAAAAUACUUGCAAUCUCCUUGCCGUAUUAAGUGCUGGAACGGCAGAACAUAAGCAGAAGUUGCAGGAUGUUACAGAGAAGGGAAGGUUCCCAUUCCCUGAGCUUGUUUCUUCGGGGCGAUUGGAGGUCCAAACACUGAAGAAUCCAACUGGGGAUGAAUUUUGUAAAGUUUUGGAUUCAUGGCAGCCGAAUCUUGUGUACUUACAAGGAGAGCUGCUCAAUGAUGAAGUUGGAUCCCUUGUUUGGGGAGGGCUGGAUUUAUCUUCUGCUGAAGUCUUGUCCGGACUUUUCUCGACAAUGCCAACUACAGUUUAUUUGGAGGUGCCAAAUGGAAGAGCGCUGGCUGAGUCUCUUCAUGCUAAGGGAAUUCCUUACGUGAUAUAUUGGAGACAUUCAUUUCCAUGCUAUGCGGCAAGCCAUUUUCGUCAUGCAUUGUUCUCUGUGGUUCAGAGCUCAUCGUGCCAUACUUGGGAUGCUUUUCAAGUUGCGAGUGCAUCCUUUCAGCUACAUUGUCUACGGAAUGGUCACGCCCUCGCUGAAUGCAGCCAAAAUGUUGGUGAUGAAUUUGGCCCUAGUCUUCUUGGGGAGCCUCCAAAGAUCAGUGUAGACAUUCCUGAGGUGGAGCCUGCGGAUGAUGAAGAAAGCUCCUCUGGUUUUCUUCCUGCAAUAAAGAUAUAUGAUGAUGAUGUGACUAUGAGGUUUCUUAUUUGCGGAGUUGCAAGCUCAUUGGAUUCGUGUUUGCUAAAAUCUUUGGAGGACGGCUUGAAUGCACUCCUCUGUAUUGAAAUGCGGGGGAGCAAACUUCAUAACCGAGUGAGCGCUCUUCCCCCACCACUUCAAGCUGCCACGUUUUCUCGUGGUGUUGUGACAAUGCGGUGUGAUUUGUCCACAAGCAGCUCAGCCCACAUUUCUCUGUUGGUCUCAGGGAGUGCUCAAACAUGUUUUGAUGAUCUGCUAUUGGAAAAUCAUAUAAAGAGUGAAAUAAUUGACAAUACUCCAUUAGUUCAAGCACCGCAAAAUUCUGACGAGAACAAACCACCCAUAACUGAACCUCGGCGAUCUGUCUCUGUAGCUUGUGGAGCAGCAGUAUUUGAAGUCCACGUGAAGGUUCCCCAAUGGGCCUCACAGGUCUUGAGACAACUAGCACCUGAUGUUUCAUAUCGUAGUUUUGUUGCCCUUGGAAUUGCCGGUAUCCAGGGAUUAGCUGUUGCUUCAUUCGAGAAGGAAGAUGCUGAACGGCUUCUUUUUUUCUGUGGAAACCAAGGAAAGAAAGAUGAUUUCAAGAAUCUAAAAAUCAGUUCUCCUCCUCCCUGGUUAAGGCCUCCCCCUCCAAGUCGAAAAAGGCCAUCUAUUUUCCAAGAAACAAACUCAAGCUCACUUAAUGGUUUUGCUCCAAAUCAAGUUUUUCUGAAGAAGGAAGAUAACGAGAAUGCAGAACCCUCAUCAUCAAAUGGGAUUAGCAUGCCACAUUCAACUCCUCGACAAAGGAUUCGAAUAGCAGCCCUGAGGCCCAUUCCUCAUAUCCGUCACCAGAAGAUGCUUCCAUUUUCAAGAAUCUCAGAUGUUGAAAAGCAUGACGGAAGCCAGGUUAAGGCUACUCCACCAAAUCCUGCAAAACAUAGUGGUGCUGGAGGAUCAGCUCCAGUAACACAUCGCAAAGCAACUUCUAGUUCGUACCAAGCUAAGCAGGUCAUAUCUUUAAAUCCCCUUCCUCUAAAGAAGCAUGGUUGUGGGAGAAGCCCACUGCAUGUGUGCUCUGAGGAGGAGUUUCUAAAUGAUGUGAUGAAAUUUCUCAUCCUUCGAGGACAUAACCGUCUAAUUCCUCAAGGUGGACUUCCUGAGUUUCCCGAUGCCAUACUCAAUGCUAAGCGGCUUGAUCUUUUCAACCUCUACCGGGAGGUGGUCACAAGAGGAGGUUUUCAUGUGGGCAAUGGCAUCAAUUGGAAAGGACAAGUUUUCUCGAAGAUGCGCAAUCACACUGCGACCAAUAGAAUGACGGGUGUUGGAAAUACAUUGAAAAGGCACUAUGAGACUUACUUGUUGGAGUAUGAAUUGGCUCACGACGACGUGGAUGGGGAGUGCUGUCUAUUGUGCCACAGUAGCGCACCGGGAGAUUGGGUGAACUGCGGGUUAUGUGGGGAGUGGGCGCAUUUUGGUUGCGACCGGAGACCUGGCUUGGGCGCCUUCAAAGAUUACGCGAAAACAGAUGGACUAGAGUACAUAUGCCCUCAGUGCAGUGUUUCAAAUUACAAGAAGAAGGUGCAGAAAACAUCCUCGUCAUCGGCGGCAGUGCCUACAACGGCGGCGGCAGCAGGGACAGGGAAUGGAUUCUCAUGAGGGUUUGGGUAAAACAAUGUAUGUACAACAAGGAAAGGAAAUACAUUUGUAAUGUUGUUAGAGAGAAAGAGAGAGGAAGAGGGCUUUGAUUUAACAUAAAUAUAUGUAGCAAGCAAGGUAAGGAAGUAGGGGGAGGGAGGGAGCAUUGAAUGCCGUUGAGCAAUCUGAUUUAUAAAAAUAUAUAUAAUACUACUAGUUACUAGUUAGUUACAA